AUGAAAAGUUUUAAUAACUAAAUAAUUUUAGUCAAGUCAUUGACAAAAUAUAAGAAGCAAGUGUCAAAAAAUCUUCGAGCCGAUAAUAUAGAAGAUGAAUUAAUUAGAAUAUAGGACUCAAUUAAUGGAUAAAUGAAAAUAUGUUAUACUUAAGCGCUACAAGAAACAGAUAACGAAUGCUUAGAAUUAGAGAGAAUAAAAUUCUUAUUAGAGAUUAAUGAAGUACAAGAAGCUCGCAUAUUUUUGGAUAACAUGAUUAAGAAGUAUCCAAAAAAUAUAGAGGCAUAUCUAUAUAAAGGUAUUAGAGAAAUUUAUUUAGCAAAUAUCUUAGAAGACGAGAAAAGUUUUGAUAAAAUCAUAGAUUUAUUCGAUGAAGCCAUCUCUUUAUAACCUGAAAAUGUUUAAUUAUAUGAGAAUAAGGCUCGACACUUAGAAAAAUAGCAAAAAUGGGUUGAAGCUUUAAAAUGCAUCAAUCAAGCUUUAUCAAAAUCUCCAGAUUCUCUUCAUUACUAUUUAUAAAAAUUUAAACCGUUACAAAAGCUGAAUCUUAUUAAGACAGCUAGAUAAUGUUGUAGAAUGAUUCCAAAUGUUUAUUAUGAUACAGACCAAGAGAUGGAGCAAUGUGACUUUUGA